ACCAAACUAAUCCCGUCACCGUCGCAAGAGAGACUCAUUAGCCAUCUGAAGACCUAAAGCAAAACAAACAGUACGAUUUCGUUUUUUCUCGAGCUCUGGAUUUUCUGCAAUUCACGCAAUAGAAUCCGAUUCAAAUCGUCAUUCUACUCUCUUAUAGAUCGAUCCAUUUGAUCUUGUUCCCGGAGCAGUGUAAAUGGCGUACGUCGACCAUGCGUUCUCUAUAACGGACGAGGACAUUAUGAUUGAGAGUUCAUACACCGUCAAUAACCGGCCGCCGGUUAAGGAGAUCGCACUGGCGGUGGCUCUACUAGUCUUCGGAACCCUAGGGAUUAUCUCCGGCUUCUUCAUGGCGUAUAAUCGAGUUGGCGGUGAUCGAGGCCACGGGAUUUUCUUCAUCGUCCUCGGGUGUCUUCUAUUCAUCCCAGGGUUUUAUUAUACGCGGAUAGCGUAUUACGCUUACAAAGGAUACAAAGGAUUCUCCUUCUCAAACAUACCACCCGUUUAGGUGUCCCCUUUUGAAUCUCUCUCCUACUCAAUGUAUAGAGAUGUUCUUUUGCUCUAAGCAAUGAUUGACUUGUUUUCUCUCGUGUAGUUUUUUAAUAGGAGUUGAGUUGAGUUGAGUCGAGUCCUUUCUUGCUUUCUCGUUCCUCUUAUUAAAUAAAUUUGUGUCUGUGACAGUUAGUCAUAUUUACUAUAUACAUAUCUAUAUAUAAAUAUAUACACCCGUUUCAGAGAGUAAUUUUGUUUCUAAAGGAUUUUUCAAUUGGAACCAACUACAUGUUGAGAUAGGUGAAAUAAGAUGUAACUUGUGAAUUUCCGUGGAUGCAGUAUUUUAGUGAUUACAGAGGUUAGCUUUGGUUUCAGCUCUAAAGUUCUUCAUCAUAAAAUGGACUAUUGUGUAUUUUCACUUUGUAACUAUGAUUUUGACCACGGUGAAAAGGUUUAAUCCGAGUCUUUAA